UAAAGAAGGGGAAUAUUCCCUUUGCCUCUGUGCCGUCUCACGGACUUCUUUCUAGUUCCUUAUAGUAGAUAAUAUUAUCUUUCUUGUUCCGUCUAUCAAACGAAUGAAAUGUAUGUAACAAAAGUGGUAUGCUUCUGUGAUUUCUGAACUUUGUAUAGUACUUAAUCGAAAUUCUUAAUCGAAUCUAUUAAAAUUAAAGCAAGAAGGAUUCGUACAUAACGAUGGUUGCCUCAGCAGGUAUUUUAACAUCAGAAAUUCUAAAUCAAUUACGUGCAAAAUUUUAUGAAGAUAAUCGCAAUACUUUGGCACAAAAUGUAUGUACAAGAACUAAUCCCUUGGAAGUUUGUGUUUCCCGAAAAGUUUUGCAAGAAACACAACAUGUAUUUACUCACAAGAUUACAACAGAAGGAAAACCUAUUACAAAUCAAAAAAAUUCUGGUCGAUGCUGGAUAUUUUCUACUUUAAAUGUUAUAAGAAGUGCCUUUAUGAAGCAAUACAAUUUAGAUGAGUUUGAGUUUAGCCAAGCUUAUUUAUUCUUUUGGGAUAAGAUUGAACGGUGUAAUUAUUUUUUACAUAAUAUUGUAAAAACUGCUAAAAGAAAUGAACCAGUAGAAGGUCGAUUAGUUUCAUUUUUGUUACAUGAUCCUAUUUGUGAUGGAGGUCAAUGGGAUAUGGUUGUCAAUCUUAUAAAUAGACAUGGUCUUGUUCCUAAAAUCUGUUUCCCAGAAUCAUAUAAUUGCGAGUCUAGUUCACGUAUGAAUACUAUUUUAAAAAGUAAACUGAGAGAAUAUUCCAAAGUUUUAAGAGAUUUAGUAUCUCGUGGUGCAACAGAUGAAGAAUUAGAAGCUCAGAUUUUGGAACAAAUGGUUGUAAUUUAUCGAAUAAUUGGUAUUUGUUUAGGUAUACCCUCAAAAACAAUCACUUGGGAAUAUUAUGAUAAGGCAAAGAAUUAUAAUUGCAUUGGACCUAUUUCACCAGUAGAAUUUUAUGAAAAAUAUGUGAAACCUUAUUAUAAUGUAGAUGAUAAAGUAUGCUUAGUAACUGAUCCUAGACCAUCUAAUCCAUAUGGAAAACUUUAUACCAUAGACUGUUUAGGAAAUGUUUGUGGUGGACGACUUACACUAUAUAAUAAUCAACCACCUGAAUUAUUAAUGAAAUUAUGUGCAGAAAGUAUAAAACAAAAUGAACCUGUAUGGUUUGGAUGUGAUGUAAACAAACGAUUAAUAGCUAAACAAGGUAUACAAGAUAUGAGAGCAUAUGAUUUUGAAUUAAUGUUUGGAACUGAUAUCCAAGUUAAUCUUACAAAAGCAGAUAGGUUACUUUAUGGGGAUUCUAUGAUGGUGCAUGCAAUGGCAUUGACAGCUGUUUCAAUUGAUAAUGAAGGUAAAAUUAAACAAUUUCGAGUAGAAAAUUCUUGGGGUGAUGAUCAAGGACAAAAAGGAUAUUUAUUAUUAACAGCUGAUUGGUUUUCUGAAUUUGUUUUUGAAGCAGUCAUUGAUAGAAAACUAGUACCCGAGAAUGUUUUGGAUGUAUUUAAACAAGAACCUAUAACUUUACCUGCAUGGGAUCCUAUGGGUACACUUGCUCACUGAUAAUAAUGUAAGCUUAAAUUACUUCAAGAUGGGAUAUUUUAGUUAACAAAAGUGUGUAUAUAAUAUUAAAAAUUGAACAUCAAAUAAAAUUUUAAGCACAUUGGUACAGAAAAGUACAAUAAAA